AUGGCGACACAGACUAUUAGUCCGACCGAUGCGUCAAAGGAACAGUUGAAAUUCGAGACAUCAGUUGAUUACGAACAGAACAAGGUGAGAGAUUACGAAUAUGCAUCCUACCUGCCACACUACGUGCCAGGCCUCCAACCAGCCCUAGAAGAAUUCCAACAUGAAGAUGUCGGCCUCCGCGCAGACCCCAACAAGACCUCUCUCCUAACGGCGCCAGGCAGCACAUUCGAAGAAAUUACACCAGCAAUCGGCACAGAAGUUCACGGCCUACAACUGUCUUCCUUGACAUCUGCGCAAAAGGACGAACUUGCUCUCCUCGCAGCAGAGCGCGGCAUUGUGGUCUUCAAAGACCAAGACUUUGCAGAUGUUGGUCCGGAGAGGCAGCGAGAAUUCGGGCGACACUUUGGUCCUCUUCAUGUUCACCAAAUGGGCAGUCAGGUCGAAGGCUAUCCGGAACUGCUGCCUGUCUAUCGUGACUUCACUUCUGGGGCUGUGGAUAAUGAGAUCAAGGAUAACGUGAGCAGCAUCAAGUGGCACACCGAUAUGUCGUAUGAGAUUAACGGCAUAGGAACAACGAUCUUCUACUCCCUCUCAACGCCGAAAUCUGGCGGCGAUACACUAUAUCUGUCCACAACCGCAGCAUACAACGCUCUUUCUGAAGACUUCAGAGAGCGCCUUCAUGGCUUGACUGCAAACCAUUCGGGCUUUUCCCAAGCCAAAGUCGCAGAUCACAGAGAGCGAUAUAUUCGGGAACCAAUCGAGACUGUGCACCCCGUUGUGCGGACACAUCCUGUCACCAAAACCAACUCCCUCUACAUCAACCGCCUAUACACCCGCAAAAUCCAGGAACUCAAAAACCAAGAAAGUGAAACGCUACUCAACUUCCUCUAUAAUCACAUUGAGCAUGGCCAAGAUUGGCAUAUCCGCGUGCAUUGGAAGCCAGGCACAGUCGUGGUGUAUGAUAAUAGGGUCACACAGCACUCUGCAUUGCGAGACUUCAAUGUGAAAGAAGGCGAGACGAAGAGACAUAUGCUGAGGAUCACGCCGCAGGCUGAGAAGCCGUAUUUUGAUGGCGAGGCUAUCAGGGGUGGCCAGUAG